AUGGCAGUGAGGGAGCAACAGUGGGGGAGGCAGGAGCUGGAUCCAGAGUCUGCACAAAAAUGUCCAGAACUCCUCAAGGCUCUGGAAAUCAAGGCAAAAAAGAAGACGAGGAAGCGUAGAGGGAGGAAAGGGAGAGGCAGGACUGAGGGGGGGAAAGAAAAGGAGAAACAGGAGGUGAAGGGCCGGCCUGCAGUAGGAGUAUCCGCCAAAGUCCACCUGCGGAAGUGGAGAUCCACCUGCGGAGGGAGAUCCACCUGCGGGAGCGGGGUCCACCUGCGGAGAGGGAGACACCUGCGGAGGAGAUCCACCUGCGGAGGGAGGCCACCUGCGGAGAGGCCACCUGCGGAGGGAGGAUCCACCUGCGGAGGAGGUCCACCUGCGGAUGGAGGUCCACCUCGAGGGAGGUCCACCUGCGGAGGGAGAUCCACCGUGGCGGGAGAACCGCCUGCGGAGGAAGCACCGCCUGCGAGGGAGAACCGCCUGCGGAGGAGAACCGCCUGCGGAGGAGAUCACCUGCGGAGGGAGAUCCACUCUGCGGAGGGAGUUCCGCCCAGCGGGUGGAAAGAAACCCUGGGGAGGGUAAUCCACCGGCUGGAGAUAGAAACCCUGGGGAGGGAAUCCCACCUGCUGGAGAUAAGAAACCCUGGGGAGGGUAAUCCCCUGCUGAAGAUAAGAAACCCUGAGGAGGGGUUGUCCACCUGCGGGGAAUGGAAACCCUGGGGAGGGUUGUCCCACCUGCGGGGGAAAGAAACCCUGGGGGGGUCGUCCACUCUGCAGGGCAAAAGAAACCUGGGGAGGGAUCUCCACCUGCGUGGACAGAAACCCUGUGGGGUCGUCCACCUGCAGGUCAAAGAAACCCUGGGGAGGGAUCACCACCCUGCGGCAAAGAAACCCUGGGGAGGGUCGUCUACCUGCAGUCAAGAAACCCUGGGAGGAUGA